GGGCGCCGCUGGCUGGUGCUGCUGCUCUUCUCGCUGCUCGCGUUCGCGCAGGGCCUGGUCUGGAACACCUGGGGCCCCAUCCAGAACUCGGCGUGCCAGGCCUACGGCUUCUCCAGCUGGGACAUCGCGCUGCUCGUGCUGUGGGGGCCCAUCGGUUUCCUUCCCUGCUUCGCGUUCAUGUGGCUCCUGGACAAGAGAGGUCUUCGGGUAACUGUGCUUCUGACAUCCUUCCUUAUGGUGUUGGGAACUGGUCUAAGAUGUGUACCUAUAUCAGACUUAAUACUUAAAAGAAGAUUAAUCCAUGGAGGACAGAUGUUAAAUGGACUGGCAGGUCCAACUGUAAUGAAUGCAGCGCCGUUUCUGUCCACAACCUGGUUUUCUGCAGACGAACGGGCCACUGCCACAGCUAUUGCCUCGAUGCUCAGUUAUCUGGGUGGGGCGUGUGCAUUUUUAGUUGGACCCCUUCUUGUUCCAGCUCCCAAUGGGACAUCACCUUUUCUGGCUUCAGAGAGUAGCAGGAUUCAUAUUAAAGAUCGCAUAGAGACUGUAUUAUAUGCAGAAUUUGGAGUUGUCUGCUUAAUAUUUUCUGCAACACUGGCUUAUUUCCCACCCCGGCCUCCUCUUCCCCCCAGUGUUGCUGCAGCUAGCCAGCGACUGAGUUAUCGGCGGAGCAUUUGUAGAUUAUUAAGCAAUUUGAGAUUUUUGAUGAUUGCUUUAGCAUAUGCCAUACCGCUUGGUGUAUUUGCUGGCUGGUCUGGAGUUCUGGACUUAGUUUUAACACCAGUGCAUGUCAGCCAAGUCGAUGCUGGCUGGAUUGGAUUUUGGUCUAUAGUUGGAGGCUGUGUUGUUGGAAUAGCUAUGGCAAGGUUUGCAGAUUUUAUCCGGGGUAUGCUGAAGCUAAUUCUUCUCCUCCUGUUUUCUGGGGCUACACUAUCAUCCACGUGGUUCACCCUGACCUGUCUGAACAGCAUCACACACCUGCCUUUAACCACAGUGACAUUGUACACCUCCUGUAUUCUCCUGGGUGUGUUCUUGAAUAGCAGCGUACCAAUAUUUUUUGAGCUUUUUGUGGAAACCGUCUACCCUGUUCCAGAAGGAAUUACUUGUGGAGUUGUCACUUUUUUAAGUAAUAUGUUCAUGGGAGUACUUUUAUUUUUUCUCACAUUUUAUCAUACAGAGUUGUCUUGGUUUAACUGGUGCCUUCCCGGGUCGUGUUUGCUCAGUCUCCUCCUCAUUCUGUGCUUCAGAGAAUCCUAUGACAGACUCUAUCUUGAUGUGGUUGUCUCAGUUUAAUAGCACAGACUUGAAGGAGUUUAAAAGGAGACUGGAAAUCAAUACUGCACACUGCACAUUUGCUUGGAAUUGCACAUCUAACAGGAAAAAAGGAGAAGAAAGAAACUUCAUUCAGAGGUUUUGUUAGGUUACAGAUUACCACAUGAAUUUAAAUACUACUAGGUAAUAAUAAUGCAGGACUUGAGUGGUAAUAGGGGAUUUUAAAACUCUACAAGUGGCAUAGCUGUGCCUGAUUCUGGCUUUGGAAGUGUGAUGUCUUACACGUAAAGCACUACCUAAGUAAUUUCCUCUUUGUUUUGUGCCAGUGCUAAACUACUGAUUACCUGUAAUUAUGAAAAGAAAGAAAGGGGGCAUCUAUCACAUGAAGAUAACUCCUUCCCUAAGUCAGAUGUCAGAAUAGGAAGAUAUGCCACUAACUUUUAAAGAGGUUUAAACCAUGUGUCAGAUUUUAAUUAUAAAAUAGCUAAGAGGUAUGUUGAUGAUAGAAAUUAGCCACAUGUACACUACAUUUUUUUCUAAUAAAGCCAUUUCUUACAUGA